AUGGCAUUUUUAACGAAUUUAUUUGGUGUUCAAGCCAAUGGUAUACGUGAGACGGAUAAUGCUGCAGAAGUUGUGGAAAAUUUAGUGGAAAGAGUGGAAACAUCUACGGUUCCUGAAGAUCGACGAGAUGCUUUGAAAGCAUUACGAUCACUUGCUAAGAAAGUACGAUUACCAGUUGCUGCCAUAGGUAUGAAUGCUUAUAUGGAAAUUCUGGAGAAAGAAGGCAGUAGUUCGGAGAUCGUAUCUAUUGUCCUUGAAAUACUUGUAGCUGUUCUGUGCGAUGAUGAGGCUCGUGAUGAAGGGAUGGACGAAAUUGGUGAACGACUUGCGGAAAUGAUAGUUCGGAGAAAGACAUUCAUUACAUCGAUCAUGGCACUUGUUGAAUCAUAUGAUUUCGCUGUUCGAAGAGCAGCAGUACAAUUAUUAACAGCACUUUUGCGACAUCGCGCUAGUGAAGUACAAACAGCUAUUGUUGAGGAACCGAUGGGAGUAUCUCGUCUAGUAGAUUUGCUCCACGAUACCAGAGAGAUAAUUCGUAACAAUACGGUGUUAAUGCUAAGUGAGCUAAGUCGAGCACAUCCACAAAUUCAACAGCUUUUGGCUUAUGAAAACUCAUUUCAACUUCUUUUUGAUGUAAUCAAUGUUGAACCCAUGGAAAGUAUCGUCAUCGAAGACUGUCUUUAUGUGUUUCUCAAUCUCUUACGGAAAAAUCCGAAGAAUCAACAACUGUUCCGGGAAGCCAGUCUGAUACAGCGUUUGGCAGUGCUGUUGAACUAUUUCUUAUAUGGACGAGAAGGUGAGGAAGAUUUGCCACAGCGCGAUUAUGAGUGGCAAAAACAGAAAAUAGCAAAUGUAAUAUUUUUACUUCAAGUUAUUCGAAGUUUGGUUUCUCCGCAAGAUAAUUCACAGAACAACACUCAUGCUGCGCAGAAAGCUAUUUCACAGACAGGAAUGCUGAAAAGUUUAUGCAGUGUUUUGUUAUCGGAAAUUGUAGCAACAGUAGAAGUUCUUACUGAAGCUAUUAUCACUGUAGCAGAAGUGAUAUGUGGUGACUAUCCGAAUCAGGAAUAUUUUUCAACUCGUAGUCUUGCAACCGAUGUUGGAAACAGGCCGUCAUUAAUUGUUCUUUUAUUAUCAAUGAAUACUGACAAGCAACCAUUUAAACUGCGUUGUGCUGUUUUUUAUUGUUUCCUGUGUUAUCUGUAUGACAACGAAUUUGGCAAAACUAAAGUAAUUGAUACACUGUUACCGUCCGGAACUUCAAAUAAUACACAGAUCACUACUGGACAGUGUAUAUGUACUGCUAUUCUGAGUUCAGAAACUAUUCAGAUAUGGUUUGGUUGCGUUUGUUUGCUGCAUUGUCUUCUAGAUGCGAAUCAUCUGAAACAGCAGCUUCUUAGAGUUCAACUAACAACAAGUCCUUCCGAGACGCCUUCUUCACUUUUGCAUCAUCUUAGUACUAUUCUGAUCUCAUUGGGUAACCGUCGGCCGCAGACUAGAACAGGUCUACUGAUGUUGCUUUCAACAUGGUUGCACAAUUGUCCACUUGCAGUUGCACAGUUUAUCUCAAUCGAAGAAAAUGUCCAAUAUUUAACGACACACAUAGAUGGAUAUGGUAAUGAAGGUUCUGAGGCUGAGAAUCAAAUUGUAAGGGGAUUGAUAGCCUUCUUACUUACAGUAUGCCUAGUCUUCGAUGAAACUGGCGUGGAUCAAAGCAGAAAGAAUGCUUUGAGUGUGGUAGUGGAGCGUCGCGUUGGAAAGGAGAAGCUAGUUGAGUUAUUGGAAGGUUUUUCGCAUAGUGAGCAUUACGUGAAAGCUGCACAACGACCGCAACCGUUAGCCAAAUCAGCUCAGGACUUGUUGUUGGAUUAUCAUUUUACGAAGUUCUUCAAAAGUGUCGAGGGUCAAAUGGUCAAACAGUUAUGUCCAUCUGCCGAUAUAAGUUCUUCCAGUAGCAAUAAUGAUAGUGUUUUCAAUUCAUACAAAGAACUGAUAAAACGUCAGGAUGAAACAAUCGCAUCAUUAAAUCAACAGAUAAGGAAGCUCAAGGAAGAAGCUGAAAAUCAGCAGAAUUAUGAUAAAGAAAACGAAUUAGCUUCGCUUUGGAGGCAACUUGCUGAACAGUGCCAGGUUAAUGAAACCAGUAUUUCUAGACAACAAGAAAUUGAGCACUAUAAGUGUAUGACUGUGCAAUGGCAGUCAGAGGCGAAAAGGUAUCAGAAGUGGGCAGAACAGUGGCAGCAGUACCAAGUUGCUCAGUCACCGAACCCUCAAGAUCCAUUGGUAAUGCAGCUUAUCUCUCAAAACAAAGAAUUGGAAGAACAGUUAGAACGCGGUUGGCAAAUGUACGAUUCUCAAGGAGUGUCGUUAGUAGCCGCUUUAACAGAGAUCGAAGAAGCAAAAACAAAAAUUCGUGUUCUCGAAGGACAGAUCGCUCAGACGGUUUUGGAUCAUUCCUACAAACAAAUGAAUUCCACAGAGAUAGUAAAUGAUGACGAAGUGGCAGUGUUGAGAAAAGAGCAAGAAGAUUUGUUGGUAUUACUUGCUGAUCAGGAUGCUAAGAUACUUGAAUACAGGCGAAAAUUGACAGAACUGGGGCAAGCAGUUACAGAUGACGAAGAUACUGAUGCAUAG